AUGAAUUUUAUUGAAUUCAUCAGUGUAAUCAUAUUGAUUAAAGGGAUAAUCAUGGCUAAAUUAAAUCAUAAUUUAUUCCAAUGGAUUAUAUUAUUAGUAUUAUUUUAUUCAUUACAAUUAUUCAAUGAAAUCUCUACUCAAUCUAUUAAUAAAGAUGCAUAUACUUGUCCAUAUUUAUGGAUGCAUUGGAAACAAAGGCGUACAUUUGGUUGGAUAUGCGGUUCAGUACCAUAUUUACAAACAAAAGUUCCAGGUGUAAAAUUUGAAAAUGAUUGUUGUCCAGGUUAUGAAAAAACUGAAUUAUUAGAUAAUAAAUGUGCUUUUAUUGAUCGUUCAUGGCAAACUAUUAUUGAUCAAUUAAGAGAUCAAAAAAGUUUACAAAUAGCUCAAACAUUAACUAAUGGUAAUAAUUUACAAGAUUUAUCAUCCAAUUCAACUAAAAAUGUUUAUACCGUUUUUGUACCACAACAUGAUGAUGAUAUUACAUCGAAAGAAUUGGAUUAUAUCAGUGAUACCGAUGCUGUAGGCGCAAUGGUCUCUCCUGGUCGAUGGUAUUCAAAAGAAUUUCAUAAUGGUCAAAAAAUUCCAACCACUAAAGGUACUAAUAUAAAAGUGACAACUUAUUCUAAUGGAUUAACUUUCUUGGAUUGUAAAGCGUUACUAAGAUAUAAAAAUGCCAUGACAGAGCAAAUCCAUCUUCUCAUUGUUCUAUCGAAAUUUACUACUACUACUUCUACUACUACUACUACUACUACUACUACUACUACUACUACUACUACCACUACUACAACUACUACUACUACUACUACUACUACAUUGAAGAGACCAUGA